UCAGGCUUACGAUUAUGAACAUCAAGAAAUCUAUUCUGCGUUGGCCUUUACCACACCAGUCUAGUUUCGCAAAAUUAACUCCUGCACAGUAUUAAAAAAACAAUAAUGAUAUUUAUUUGAAACCCAGAAUUGUUUAAAUCAAUUUUUUAAAAAGCAUAAAUUCACUUUGCUUUCGUUAUGUGUGAUCAUUAUUGGGAACCUUUGGCCGAAGUGUACAUUACGAAACAGACUGAAGACCCUGACAGUUAUAUUUAUUGUUUGUGUAGCAGAGUUUUUAUCCGAACUCCAGAGAUAAAUUCAUUUCUUAAUUCCGACGAUGUGAGUGAAGGUGACGACUUUGAAACUGACUGCGUGGGUGAAAUAUUAAAUGUGGAAAAAGUAAUUCACAUCGAAGCACAAUCUUGUAAUAUUGAAAAACACGAUGAGGAACCAGUAAGUUGUUAUUGCAGUGCAUCACAUACUGAUAAUAAUUAUUCAACCGACGAACAUGAUUCAAUUCGUGACUCGGCCAAUCGACAACCAACAUUAUCAUUUACACAGAAACUUGGUCUUCAUCAAUCCGACUCUGGUGCAGAUUUAUCAGAAUAUCAAGAUCAACAAGAAGUGAAAAAUAUUCAGAGUCUCUUUGAAUCAUACAAAAAAUCUCUAGGCACAACUGAAGAAUCAUUAAAUAAAUCCGAUCAAGAUAUUCUCAUAAAAAAUAAAACAAUAAUUAGCUCAGAGAAAGUGCACAAUGAGAAUAAAAAUAUUCCAUUAACCGAAAAUAGCAAAACAAAUCCCUUUAUUGGAAAGAACGAAAAUAUUCCUAUUAUCGAAAAGAAUGAAAUUUCCUUCAAACAAACAAUUACUUUACUCGAAAAAAAGAAGGGAGAGACACAAACAAUUGUUGAGAAUAGUGAAAAUAUUUCAGUAAUUAAAACAAAUUCGGAAAAUGGAAUAAUUGAAGAAGUGAAAUUUAAGAGAAAUAAUUUUGACGAAUCUGAAGAAUGGAAUUUCCUUCAGGAAUCACUUAGUAAAAAUAAAAUUGAAUUAGCUUGGGAAAGAUAUUGGUCCAAGUGUGGUGAAUGUAUCAUAUGGGCAUCGUGGUUAGAGAAAUAUGCGAAUUACAUUAAUCCUGAAUAUUUACCAGGAAAUUCUCGCGCUGCAGAGAAUACGGACGAAAAGGAGCAACAGCAGUUAUCGGAAAAAUUUCUCGAACAAAAUACCUGCUUUCCAAGUGAAGCUCAUCGAAAUUGUGUAAUUGGUCGUUCGAAUUUCGAGGGGAUUUUCGGUAAAUCCGAUAUAAUACACGAAAGAAUUCACGAUACAUCGAAAAAUGGUAAUUUUUCAUUCGACAACACUCAGAAACAGGAAGUAAAUGAAAGAGAAGCCGAAGAUAAUAGAAAGAGAAUAGGAAAUCAAUUGUCACCUGAAGCUGGUGAAGGAUGGAAUCCCCUAAGUCCAUUUAGUGUCGAGGACAGUUAUUUACCGUCAAAUGCCGAAGAUGAAAAACUUAUAACAAAAUGUGAUUCCAUCAGUGGUUCCAUAACCCGAACAAAUGCAACUUCCGAUUCAAUGACAAAUGUCACGAAAAUGACAUUGACAAGUUCAAGUUGUGAUUCCGCCUCUACGCAAUCGUCGAGUCUCGUGAGUUCAACAAUGAGUUCCAAUGAGAGUAACGUGACAAGUAGCAGUUCAGAUGUUGGCAAUGAAUACACCACAGUCGAGGAUAAUGAUAAAUAUUGGCAGGAAUUGUGGAAAGAAAAUUUUCAAGAGCAAUACAAGAAUCAUUAUGAGAAAUUUAUCAAAGAAUCUGUCGUGAAAUUUGCGGAAGUGAAUGUUGAUGAUAAAGAUAAAGUGACGAAGGAAAUAAAGCCUGAUGAAAUUGAGAUUAAGUCCGAGGAGAUUGUUGUUGAAAAAGUCACUUCGGGUAAAAAGAAAAUGAUUAUGGAAUCCGUUGGUAUGCUUAUGCAAAAUUUAACAAUGAGUUGCGAGCCAAAUUCUGAUGAAAAUUGCUUGGAAAUAAUUGUCGAUGAUAAUGAGGAAAAUGGUGAAAAUUUUCUUCAUCACACAACUGAGUCUGAUGUUGCAGUUUGCAACAUUGAAAGUAAAAUAAAUAAUUCGUUAAAGCAUAAUGAAGUUAGAGAAAUGGAAAGCGAGGAAAAGCCAAUUACACUUAAGCGCAGCCAUGAAGCAGAUGACGUUGGAGAAGGACUAGAGACUGUGAAAAAAGCAUUUUUAUUGAUGGGAUAUACUUUUAACGAGGAGCACAAGAAAAAUAAACUCCAAGGAGAAGUGAUUUACAAGAAGAAGAAUAUUAGAUUGCAAAAUAGACAAUUAAAAAUGAAACUUUCACGACCCAAACCACUUAAUAAACAUAUUUAUUUCAAUGACAAUGGCGAGGAAAUUACAAAUACACCCAGUGAGAUUAAGGCUGAAGUGGAACUACAAUCCUCAGAGAAAGAAUUUUUAUCAAACGUCCAAUUUACUUCAAGUUCCGACGAAGAAUGUGAAUCGAUACAUAAAUCGAAAUUAAAUUCAAAACGAAUUCUUAUUAAUAAUAAAUCGUCUACAACUAUCGAUGCAAAAUUAAAUAGACAAGAAAUUAGUGAUAACAAUACAUUCAGUAUUGAAGUAAAUGAGGAUGUGAAAAUUUUAAAUACAGAUUUAAUUUCUGAUAUUAAAGAAAUAUGCAAUGAUAAAAUUCCAAUGGAGGAAGAUCCAAAAGUUUAUCAGGAAAAUAUUUUAGUUUCAAAAACACAGAAGAAGAAGAAACGAAAGCAAAAUAAAAGAAAUAAUUUACCAGCAGAAGUUGACGGUGAUUCAACACUCAUGAAAUAUUGGGUUAAAAGAUAUCGAUUAUUUUCUAAAUUCGAUCUAGGAAUAAAAUUAGAUAGAGAAAGUUGGUUUUCCGUCACUCCUGAGAAAAUAGCACAACAUAUCGCAGAAAAAUGUAAAUGUGAUACAAUUAUAGAUGCAUUUUGUGGCGCUGGUGGAAAUUCCAUACAAUUUGCAUUAACUUGCGAAAAAGUUUUGGCGAUAGAUAUCGAUCCGUUAAAAAUAGAAUUAGCUCGAAAUAAUGCUAGAAUUUAUGGCGUGGAGGAUAGAAUAGAAUUUAUCGUUGGAGAUUUCUUUCAAUUAGCAUCGAAUUUAUUUGCUGAUGUGGUGUUUCUAAGUCCCCCAUGGGGAGGGCCGAGUUAUGCCAAAAAUGACACUUUUGAUCUUAACAAUAUCAUGUAUCCAAAAGGUGGAAUUGAACUAUUUAAUGUAGCCAAACAAAUUUCCAAUCAUAUUGCAUAUUUUCUUCCUAGAAACGUUGAUACUAUGCAACUCGCAAUGUUGGCUGGAAUUGGAUCUGCGGUUGAAAUCGAACAAAACUUUUUGGAUAGAAAACUGAUAGCCUUGACAGCUUAUUAUGGAGAACUUCCUCAAGACUGCUGACAUGAAUUCCCUACUCUUAGUAAUAUAUAAAGUUAAAUUGCCAUUUCACUGUCCAUUUGACUAAAUGUAAAUAAUGGUUUAAAAAUAAUAAUUUUUGUCUGUGACGUAAAGAAUUGUAGUGAUAUUACGAUUAUUAUCCAUAGUGUAAUCGAAAAGCUUCGUUUAAAGUGUAAUUUUAAAUGACUAAAAACCGAAACGAACUUUAUAAAAUUAAUUCUAAUUCUUAAUUGAUUUGAAUUAUAUAUCAAUUUCCAUAAUUGUUACGUAAUUAUGUUCGCAAAUGAGUGUAUCUUUUUUUUUAAAUUAAAUUUUGCUAAUAUUU